GCCUCGCGGGGCUGUGUCACGUGUUUAUACGCUUCGCCUUCCCCUAUUUUUUUAAAAAUUAUUUAUAGCAGAAUCAGAAUCCCCCGAUAGCAAUGCAUGGCUGAUUUCUGUAACCGUAUUAUUUCUAAUACCCACCGAGUUUAUACGUUCUCCUGUUGUAUUUAAGAGGGCUUCACCCCGCAAUCACCGCACCGUGCGGCCCGCGGGCACCGGAGCAAGCAGCCCCCCGGGAUCAGCGCAGGAACCACCCUGAGCUCGGGGUGCACGGAAGCGCAGCGCUAGCUCACGGCGCUGCCACACAGCGGCCUGCCGCUCGCCGGCAGCGCGUUCAGCCGCCAUUACGCAGCGGGGCGCGCGCGGCACUGCGCCUCAGGAGCCGCGGGCACCGCGCGUGGAAACGAGCGCCGCGACGGCCGGCCCGCCGCUCGGCUCCGAGCUGCCCGCUGCCCCGCGUCGGGGAGGCCGAGCCUGCGGCUGAGUGACAGCGGCGGCACUUCCUGCGGCGACGGGGCUGGAGCCUUUGUGUCUGUAUCCGUCCGUGUGUGUGUGCGGGCGAGCGGCGGGCCGGGCAGGAGGGAGCCGCGCGGUCCCGGCGCGGGCAGCGAGAGGAGGAGGAGGAGGCGACGGCUGCGCUGCGGUAGAGGAGCGCCUUCAUCCGUGAGGGCGGCAGGAGGAGCCGCCGCCGAUCAGCAGCCCAGGUCUGUUUAGUGUUUACAAGCCUGAAGAUGGCUGCUGCUUCUUCCUGCAGUGUGGAAGAAGACGAGAGCCUGAAGGGAUGUGAGCUGUACGUUCAGAAGCACAACAUCCAACAGAUUUUAAAGGAGUGCAUUGUAAAUCUCUGCAUAGCAAAACCAGACCGACCCAUGAAGUUCCUCAGAGAACACUUUGAAAAAUUAGAAAAGGAAGAAUGCAAACAAAUACUGGCUCGGCAGAAGUCCAGUUCCCAGUCUGAUUCUCAUGACGAUGAGAUUUCUCCUCCUCCUCCCAACCCAGUAGUAAAAGCCCGACGCAGGAGAGGAGGGGUCAGUGCGGAGGUGUACACAGAAGAAGAUGCUGUUUCUUAUGUUAGAAAGGUUAUACCAAAGGACUAUAAAACUAUGACUGCUCUGGCAAAGGCCAUCUCCAAGAACGUGCUCUUCGCUCAUCUCGAUGACAAUGAACGAAGUGACAUAUUUGAUGCCAUGUUUCCUGUUACGCACAUCGCAGGAGAAACUGUCAUACAGCAAGGUGAUGAAGGAGACAACUUCUAUGUGAUUGACCAAGGCGAGGUGGAUGUUUAUGUCAAUGGAGAGUGGGUCACCAGCAUCGGAGAAGGAGGCAGCUUUGGGGAGCUGGCACUGAUCUACGGAACACCCAGGGCUGCCACGGUCAAGGCCAAGACAGAUCUCAAGCUCUGGGGCAUCGACAGAGACAGCUACAGGCGCAUUUUAAUGGGCAGCACGCUGAGGAAGCGGAAGAUGUAUGAAGAAUUCCUGAGCAAGGUCUCCAUUUUGGAGUCCCUGGAUAAAUGGGAGCGGCUGACAGUGGCUGAUGCGCUGGAACCUGUCCAGUUUGAAGACGGAGAAAAAAUUGUUGUGCAGGGAGAGCCCGGUGAUGACUUUUUCAUUAUUACUGAGGGCACAGCCUCCGUUCUCCAGCGCAGAUCUGAUAACGAGGAGUACGUCGAGGUUGGAAGGCUUGGUCCAUCAGAUUAUUUUGGUGAGAUUGCCCUGUUGCUCAACCGGCCCCGGGCUGCGACGGUGGUGGCACGCGGACCCCUGAAGUGCGUGAAGCUCGACCGGCCCCGCUUCGAGCGAGUGCUCGGGCCCUGCUCCGAGAUCCUCAAGAGAAACAUUCAGAGAUACAACAGCUUCAUUUCUCUCACUGUCUAAAUGAUUCCUUUUGGAAAGCUGCCUUUGUGUGACCUCGUGCACUUACAUUUGCUCUGUGCAGCUCCAUGGCUUUAUCAAGAAAAAAUAAAAGGUGUGCAUUUCAUGUGUAUUUUUUUCUGUUAUGUCACGCACUGGAUGUCAGUUCAAAUCUUAUGUAUCAUUUAAGAAAGAAGGCAACUGAUUGCAUAAGACUGGCUUUGGGAAAGUGCUCAGGGAAGAGCAGGCUUUUGGCUUGCAGGCAAGAUUUAUACCUGUUGUUGGAUCGUGCAGAUAAAACUGUGUUUUUAACUAUUUAAACUACAGAUGGAUGUCUCUUUCCCUCAUUAUCUUACACCUAUUCUUAAAGUCAGUCUUACUCACCUUUCGUCAAGCUUCUUUGAUAAAGUGAUGUCCCUCUGCCUGUCACUUCUGUCAGACUUCUCACUGGUUAGGGACUGGAGGUUGCCGAAAUCCACGUGGUCAGUGGCAGUUUUGCAAUUGAAGAGGGAAGGUUAGAGAAAGGUUUUGAUCAUUCCAGUAAGCCGAGGAAAAGUAGAACUUUUGAGUCACUUUGUGGUUUAGAAACAGGGGCCAUACUCCUCUGUGUUACCAGCCCUUUCGGGUCUGCUUUGUAGCUCCGAGGAGAUGCUAAGGCAAACAGUCUGCUCCGGCCCUCGGGGUGAGGAGACCAAGGGGCAGCAUUUUGUCAGAUGCCGGAUGGAGCCGUUAGGAGCCAAGUUACCUGACCUCGCCCUUUCUUAUGUGAGGGUUCGCAUCAGAUUCCUUAAAAGUCACUGGGAGCUUCUUCACUGAACCAAGUGUGCUUGGAAACGUAUUUAUCUGCACCAGUGUCCUCAGCCGCUUCUCUGAAUAGGAUAUGGAAUGCUCAAGAGAUGGUGGCAGGUGUAAAGCAGCAGUUCGAUAGGACUCUUUUACAUAAAGUCCAGUUAUUUCAAUUCAAAUGCCUUUUUGUAGUGUGCGACCGGCCAAACACGUGCUCCAAGAUGCUGCCUCCUGCAGAAGACGUGCAUGGCAGAACAAAAGGCAGCAGGAGCUGCAGCAAGCUCCAUGUGCCCACAGCCUUGCUGGCAGCUCUUGCAGCCCUAUGCAGAUGUGGGUCUCGAGCAGAACUUCUGCAGACCCAGCCCUUGCUGCGCUGUGCAGCCCUCCAGGUUGGGAUCAUCCAAAUUAUUCUUUGGGGAAGCUUUUCCUUUGAAGGAGAAGUUUUCCGUGCUAACUGCCGCAAAUCUCUGCAUCUCCGCUACCCUAAAUAGCACUGCCCACCUUUCAGUUGCAGCAAAACUGUAUUUCUUCUUUACGAUAGCAUUACUCUGAGCAAAUAGGAACUUUCCAUACCUUUUACAUGCCAAAGGUUGUAUGAUGAAACGAGGCAGCAACCUUCCUUCUGAAACUACAGGUGUUAGUUAAGAACUUGUCUAAAAUUACCCACGCUGACGUGUAAUUUGCUCUCUUUUUCGGAGUUAACAAAGCGAACCUGGCGCUUCCCAGCACCAGGCUCUCGGGCCAGUGUCCCAGUGCUGCCCACUGCGGUGGGAAGGAGCUCCCGGCCUGCAGUCAGAGUCCUCUCAUCACUUCAAGGUGCUUAAUUUAUUUCAGCGCAUUUCCGGCGGUCCUGCCAGUGCAUCUGAGUUGCUACUAUUUAUUCUGAUUGCGUUGUGCUUCUUGCACGUGUUAUUUAUUAAACACGACCGUUCACGUUUCUCAGCCUUGCGGUUCUAUGCCAUACAUUUAUAUGGGCAGACGCCCAUUAGAUAGGUCAAUAAAUGUGUAUGCGUUUGCAAAACCUUCUAAUUUCCUUCACUGUUUUUGUAUUCUCUUGUGCUGCUUCUAAGACAUAUUUUUAAAGGUUACCGGUCACGCGUGUAUGUUACUUAACCUAUUGCAUUUCUGUUGUAUUCGUAAAAAAAUUGUGAUGAUGUUUUGCAUAACAUGCAAGAUACAUUCAUUGUUACUCACCAAGUUGUUACCUUCACUGCUUAGAAGUUACUUGAGCACACACACAGAACGGAUUCUUUGCUUUAAACCUUCACAGAUCAUGAAAAAUACGUUUGAGUGAUGAUAAAAGCAAAUUCAAGAGAAGUGUGAUCGUUCAGCACCAGGCUUCCUAUGCUUUAAGUGGAACAAAAUGAUCUUCUAUGACAUUUUAAAGAUAAUUGUAAUAUUUGCAGUGGAUGAUGGGAUAGAAUUACAGUAUGAAUAAAAUUCUUCUACGUUA